AUGGAGAGGGUGCAGGGAGCACGGGAGGCGGACCACCUGGAGCCCCCUGACCCGCUGACUGACAGGGAGAAGGGGAUUAUUCAGGACACCUGGGCCAAAGUCUACCAAAGUCGUGACGAGGUUGGGGUGGCCAUACUGAUCAGGCUCUUCGUGAACUUCCCCACCGCCAAGCGCUACUUCAGGCAGUUCCGGCACAUGGAGGAGGCGGAGGAAAUGGAGAGGAGCGCCCAGCUCAGGAGGCACGCCGGCAACGUCAUGGACGCCAUCAACACUUUGGUGGAGAACCUCGAGGACGAGGACAAGGUGGCCUCGGUGCUGAAGCUGGUGGGCACAAACCACGCUGUCCGACACAAGGUGGAGCCUGUGUACUUCAAGAUCCUGAGCGGCGUUAUACUGGAAGUCUUGGGAGAGGAGUUCUCAGAGAUGGUGACUCCAGAGGUGGCCGCGGUGUGGACCAAACUCCUGGCUGCAGUCUGUUGGAAAAUCACAGCCAUCUAUGAGGAAGUAGGCUGGACUAGUCUGUCUGGCUCCACCGUGUGA